GCGGUUCUUUAGCCUCCCAAUAUUCCGAAACCAAAAUUGCUACGAUUGCCGAUCUUCAUAUUUCUUCUUCUUCGUCUUCUUCUUCUUAUUAUUAUUAUGUGGUCGAUGGUGGCCUUGACGUUUCUGAUUUUUCGAUCGGGUGCCGCUCGGAGCUGACUACUUUAAUAUCGAAUCGGGCAGUGGUGAGUGGGAGGAAUACUUCUUAUGUGGACAUUCACAACCAGCUUGUUUAUGGCUUUGAGCUUUCAUGGUUGGAAUCAUUCUUCAAAAAUUAUUUCUCUAACGGAACAUAUGACUGCUACAUCGAUUAUUCCAACGAGAUGCGAUGUUGGCAUGAAGAUCCAGAUAAGUGGAUGAUGAUAGCUGACGGAAUUCUAUGGAAGUUUUACAUAAUAACAAUCUGUUCAGUUUAUGGACUCGGAGCACAUGCAGGACUAAAAUUUAUAUUGGGAACUCCAUUUGUAGUUGCCUUUAUAAUCUAUAAAUGGCGAAGACGUCAUUUAUCAAUGUAUAAUUCUAUUGAGGAGUUUCUUCAUAGUCAGAAUAAUCUCACUCCUAUAAGAUACUCAUAUAGAGAGAUAAAAAAGAUGACCCAAAAUUUCAAGAACAAAUUAGGUGAAGGAGGUUAUGGCUCUGUAUUCAAAGGAAAACUUCGUAGUGGUCGUAUUGUUGCAGUUAAGAUAUUGAGUAAAUCCAAAGGAAAUGGGCAAGACUUCAUCAAUGAAAUUGCUACAAUUGGCAGAAUUCAUCAUGUUAAUGUCGUUCAUUUGAUAGGAUUUUGUGUCCACUCCUCAAAGCAUGCUCUUGUGUAUGAUUUCAUGGCUAACGGAUCUUUGGAAAAAUACAUUUUUUCUCAAGAAGGAACUACCUCCUUAAGUUGCGAGCAAAUAUUUGAAAUUUCACUUGGUGUCGCACGUGGAAUUGAGUAUAUGCACCAAGGAUGUUGCAUGCAAAUUUUACACUUUGAUAUCAAACCUCACAACAUUCUUUUGGAUGAAAAUUUUAUUCCAAAAGUUUCUGAUUUUGGGUUAGCAAGAUUAUGCUCAUUGGAUAAUAAUAAUGUGUCCCUAACUGCAGCAAGAGGAACCUUAGGAUAUAUAGCUCCUGAGCUAUUUUACAAAAAUAUUGGAGGAGUUUCUAAUAAAGCUGAUGUGUAUAGUUUUGGAAUGUUGUUGAUGGAAAUGACAAGUAAAAGAAAGAAUAUAGUCGCAGUUGCAGAAAAUACUAGUCAAAUUUACUUUCCUUCAUGGGCGCAUGAUCAAUUAAGUCAAGGAAAAAAUGUCGAUGUCGCAACAACAGAUAUAGAUGGGGAAGAUUCAAUAAUUAUAAAGAAAAUGAUUAUAGUGGCAUUAUGGUGUAUACAAGUAAAGCCAAGUGAUCGCCCUACAAUGAACAAAGUCAUAGAAUUGCUUGAAGGAGAAAUUGAAUGUCUACAUAUGCCUCCUAAACCUUCUCUAUAUGAAUUGGAGAAGCCUAUUGAUCAUGUUCAAUUCACGUUGUAUUCAGUGGACUCAACAAUACCAUCAUUAACACUACAAAGAUAAUUUUGAACCUACAUCCCAUCAAUUGGCAUUUA